AGUUCAAUUUGAAAUUCAAACGGCCGAAGACUUGAGACGGAAAUCUGCAGCGAGAUUCAACUCUACUAAAGAUCAUGUCCCGCUUGCCAGUUAUUUCAAGCAAAAGGGUCCUUACAAGCAGCAGCAGCAGCUCAGAGAAUGGCCAAGACUUUGCGCCUGCUCAGAAGAAGCUUCGUAAGGACCCAGAUCCUGUCAAACCACGUGCAGCUGCUACCAUCAUCGGUGGAAAGCGGCCCGCUGUUGCAGCAUCCAGGGCACCUGUCUCUCGGCCAGUCAGAGGUGUGGGAGCUGCCACCGUGGCUGUUGGUCCUUCCAGAGGUGUCCUGAAACAAUCUAUAGCUUCAACUACAGCAAAGGGAGGCAACAUCAAACAACCUGUUGCGCCUGCGGGUGCAAAAGCAGGUGGGGGCGCGGCCAACAAGCGACAUGCAUGGGACCUGAAGGGCAAGGUCAGCGACAUGGAGGGCAAGAUCCGUAACUACCAGACCAAGUUCAAAUCGGUCAACCAGGAGAAUGAGGUACUGAAAGGCACGAUGAUCCAGAGCCAAACGAGAGUGAGUGAAAUGGAGAGAGAGCUUGAGAGGCAGAGGAGCCAGAUCAGUGAGUAUGAGGAUGAGCUGCAUGCAUUGGCCGGAGUCCGCAAUGAGUUGGAGAAAGUCUCUAGUGAGAAGAGCACCCUUCAAAAGGAACUCUCCAAUUUGGAGGGCAAAUACAAGGUCAUGGAGACUCUCAGAGACAGCCAAGAGACAGAGCUGCAAACUCUUAAGAUGAAGCUUUCAGUGCAGGAGUCAACUCUGGCCCGCCUGCAGGGGACCCUCAAAGACACAGAGGAAGAGGUUCGAUCUCUCAAAGAGACAGUGGCCCAGCAGAAAGACGACCUUCAUGCCGGGGAGAUGGAGCGCAGACGGCUCCACAAUACCAUCCAGGAGCUCAAGGGCAAUAUCAGGGUCUUUUGCAGAGUGCGCCCACUGGUGGAUGGAGGCCUAAGCAAACACAUCCAGCUCCCCGCUAGUGACGACAAGACAAUAACACUGGCCAAAACAGAGGAGUCUCACACAGGCAAAACUGCAGACACUCAGAAGAAUUACAACUUCAGUUUUGACCGAGUGUUUGGCCCGACUGCUUCACAACAGGAGAUCUUCGAAGAGAUCUCACUGCUUGUGCAGUCUGCAUUGGAUGGAUACAACGUCUGCUGCUUUGCCUAUGGCCAGACAGGGAGCGGAAAGACAUACACCAUGGAGGGAGACGAGUUUGAUAGGACCAGAGGAGUCAUUCCCAGAGCUGUGACGCAGAUCUUCAGAGCAGCAGAGAAGCUGGGAGCACAAGGCUGGGAGUUCAACUUCACAGCGAGCUUUGUUGAAAUUUACAACGAGACCCUGCGAGACCUCCUCUACACUGGGAAGGCCAGCAAGAGGCCUGAGCACGAGAUCCGAAAGUUGAACAACAGUGAGGUGACAAUCAGCAACCUCACCUACGAGAAGGUCUCCAACGAGGAUCAGGUUCUCGGCCUGAUUGCGUUGGCCAAUCAGAAUCGGUCCACAGCCCAGACAGCUCAGAAUGACCGAUCCUCUCGCUCCCAUUCAGUGUUCCAGCUGGAUAUUGAGGGAGUGAAUGCUGGCAGGGAUGUCAAGUGCAAGUCCACUCUGUGUCUGGUGGACCUGGCUGGCAGUGAGCGGAUGCUGAAGAGUCAGUCUCAGGGUGAGCGCUUCAAAGAGAUGACAGCCAUCAACGGCUCCCUGUCCAACCUGGGCAUCGUCAUCAGCGCACUGGCCAACAAGGAGAGCUACGUUCCAUACAGGAACUCCAAGCUUACCUACCUUCUGCAGGGCUGCUUAGGAGGAAACAGCAAAACCCUGAUGUUUGUGAACAUCGCCCCAGAGCCAGACAGCUUUGGGGAAACCCUCAACUCCUUGAGGUUUGCCAGCAAGGUGAACGACUGUGUAAUUGGGACUGCAAGUGCCAACAGGAAGUAGAGAAAGUGCUUAAAAAAAACUUAAUUCUGUUCUCACUAUGUUUUUUUUUAACGGUCAUAACAUGAAAUGUUAAGUGUCAUUGUUUUCUAUACUUUUACUUACACAUUUUGUUGUUUGCUGCACACACAGUGCUGCCAAUCUGUAAGGACCAAAAACUAAAAUCCUUUUGUAUAUUCUCAGGGCCUCAUUUAGUUUUCACUAACGCAGGCUUUUAAACAUUUUUAUGCUUCUCUGUAAAUCAAGUGGACGUGUACAUACGCAUAUAUUUGUAGUAGAUUUUCAGUUUCUUUCCUUUCAAGGGUUUUUGACUAAUGAGCUAGUUGAGACAUUUAAUCUCUAUUGGACACAUUUACUCACAUUUUAACAAAAGGACCCAUAUUAUUCAGAUCUUUUGUUUUUUUAAAUUUAAGCAUGUUUGAGUGUGUUUUGUGUAACUUGCACAAUAAUUGCAAAUAAAAGUAGUGCAAUUAUA